GUAAUUGAUAUUUGAUAAAAUACAAUAUAGUAAUUAGUAAUUUACAAUUUUAGAGUGAGACUAGGUUCUGUUAGAUACUUAGAUAAUAUUAUUAAUUUAUAACUUAUUUAUUAGCCAUGUUCAUAAAAUAUAGUCGGUGUUAACUGAUUUUUAUUAGUCAUCAAUAGUUCACGCAAUAAAAUUGGUUUGUAUAUUUCAAUUUUUCUCUGAAGCGGUGCAACAUCAUGCCAGCCUAUCAUUCUAGUAUAAAAGAUUACCAGCAACUAACUGGAAACAUGGCAAUAGUUCCAAUAAAGUCUCAAUACAAAGGUCCUGCACCUUUGCUCAGCCCAACAAUUGCAGAUAUGGAUAUAAUUGAUGAAGCAUUAUCUUUUUUUAAAGCAAAUGUAUUUUUUAGAUCCUACGAAGUUAAGAGUGAAGCUGAUCGUGUUGUGAUUUAUAUUACUUUAUACAUAACAGAGUGUUUAAAAAAACUUCAAAAAUGUCAAAGUAAAGAUCAAGGAAUGUCUGAAAUGUAUUCAUUGGCACUUUAUAGAUUUGAUAUACCUGGAGAGGCUGGAUUUCCAUUAAAUUCAGUUUAUGCUAAACCAUCAUCAACUAGUGAAGCAGAUGUUAUGCGUCAAUAUUUGGAACAAUUACGAAAGGAAACUGGCCGAAGAGUUUGUGAAAAAGUAUUUUCAACUGACGAUGGAAAACCAUCUAAAUGGUGGUUAUGUUUUGCUCGUAAGAAGUUUAUGGAAAAAUCAUUGCUUGCUCCAGGUCAAUAAUCUACUCAAUAUUUAACAAGGAAUCAUAUUUUAAUUUUUAUUGGCAGAAAAACUAUUGAUACCUAUUUUAUUUUUGUAUUUAUGUCUGCUCUUAAUCUAUAAUUAUUUAUAUUUUUAUUAUUAAAACAUAAUUUUUAUUAAUUUAUCUUAUUAAAGUAUAGUAAUUGUUUAAAUAUUUAAUAAAUACAUUUUUUUUUAAUUAAAAAAUUAUUAUUCUUUACAUUAAUUUUGAUGUACUUAUAUAAAUAUAUGCCUUUUUAUGUGCAAUUUAUAAUUUUUAUAACUAUUUGUAAUUUAAAAUUGUGCCAAUUAUUAAUUAAAACUAUUAAUGAUUUUACUACACUUAAGAGCAUCGUAAUUGUUAAAACUAGUGAAGUAAAGUUCAUGGUUUUACUAUCAACAUUUUCAGAAGAAAAAAGCUUCAUUAGAACCCAAUAAAAGACUAUACAACUGAAAAUAAUUUUUAUUUAACUAAAUAAUACAAAUUAUUGGUACCUCUUACAACUGUUGACGUUCAAUACUAAAUCAGUUAUGGGAAUUUGAAAUAUAUGUGUGUUGUCAUAA